AUGACUGGUCGCGGAAAGGGAGGAAAGGGUCUUGGAAAAGGAGGAGCCAAGCGUCACCGAAAGGUUCUUCGCGAUAACAUCCAGGGUAUUACCAAGCCCGCCAUCCGUCGUCUUGCCCGCCGUGGUGGAGUGAAGCGUAUUUCCGGCCUCAUCUAUGAAGAAACCCGAGGUGUACUGAAGGUUUUCCUGGAAAACGUAAUCCGUGAUGCCGUCACCUACACCGAACACGCCAAGCGCAAGACGGUCACCGCCAUGGAUGUGGUGUACGCGCUGAAGCGCCAGGGACGUACGCUGUACGGAUUUGGAGGUUAAGUUGAAGCUCGGAUUAACGACCAUCGGAACCUUUACCGGAAUUCUCGCCAGCAUCAGAAAAAAAAACGGCCCUUUUCAGGGCCAACGACAAUUUUUGAAAAGAAUUAUACGCUGUUUGUACGUUCUUCGCU